CGCCUGGGAUCGUGAUUGACUCUUGCUAACAGGCAAAGAGGCUAAUAACAGACCAACAGUCCGCUGCUCGGACAGAAACUAGAGCUUAAUAAAAAUGGCUGAGGUGAAAGUGAAGAAGGAGACGAACCUGUCGGACCCAGCAGAGAUCGAGAACAGGAUUAAAGAGCUGUGUCAGCAGUUCCCUCAUGGCAUCACGGACCAGGUGAUCCAGAACGACCUGCCUCAUCUGGAGCCUCAGCAGAGAGCCAUGGCCAUCAACAAGCUGCUGUCUCUGGGUCAGCUGGACUUGCUGAGGAACAGCUCAGGUCUGUUGUACAGACUGAAGGACGCUCAGAGCACCAGUAAGAUGAAAGGUUCAGACAACCAGGAGAAGCUGGUCUACCAGGUCAUCGAGGACGCAGGAAACAAAGGAAUCUGGAGCCGUGACAUCCGCUUCAAGAGCAACCUCCCUCUGACGGAGAUCAACAAGAUCCUGAAGAACCUGGAGAGCAAGAAGCUGAUCAAAGCCGUGAAGUCCGUGGCGGCGUCGAAGAAGAAAGUGUACAUGCUCUACAACCUGCAGCCCGACCGCUCGGUGACCGGCGGCGCCUGGUACAGCGACCAGGACUUUGAGUCCGAGUUCGUGGAGGUCCUCAACCAGCAGUGCUUCAAGUUCCUGCAGAGCAAGGCGGAGGCGGCGAGGGACAGCAAACAGAGCCCGAUGGUCCAGAGGAACAGUUCAUUCGCUACGUCUCACGAAGUCUGGAAAUACAUCUGUGAGCUGGGCAUCAGCAAGGUGGACCUGUCCAUGGACGACAUCGAGACCAUCCUCAACACGCUAAUUUAUGACGGGAAGGUGGAGAUGACGCUGAUCGCCGCCAAGGAGGGGACGGUGGGCAGCGUGGACGGACAGAUGAAGCUGUACCGAGGAGUGGACCCCAUCAUCCAGCCCACGGGCCUCGUCAAGACACCCUGUGGACUCUGCCCGGUGUUUGACGACUGUCACGAAGGAGGAGAAAUCUCUCCGUCCAACUGCGUCUACAUGACCGAGUGGUUGGACUUUUGACUUCACCAGUGUUGACUUUACUUCCUGUGCGGACGUGAAGGUUUCAAAAACAAAAGCUUCUCCAGGAGAACGAGGCGGUCAAGACGUUCCAGAUGUUUCUUUGUUUGAAAAUCUCUUCCCAGGUAGAAGAUCUGGGGUUUGAGUCUGGAUCCGAUAAAAAGACUUUAAUGGUUUAUUUUGUAUCGUCAUGUAAACAUGAAGUAUGAGGAACUUCCAGUUGAGCAAAUGUGUUUUUGUAUUGACCUUCCUCUGUAUGUAAAUAAAGUUUAUCUGUCUGUGUUUAUAUUAAAUACAGAGCAGAAAACCUGAAAAUCUUA